AUGGUUGGUGCCUGGAGGAUGGGGCCCUGGCCCGUCCCGUGGAUGAUGCUCUGUCUGCUCUGCCUCCCGCCCUGUGCCAGGGCCCAGACGAAGAUCCCGCUGGAGACGGUAAAGUCCUGGGCAGAUGCCUUUGGUGGGGAGCUGUACUCCAUUGUGACUAAGUAUUCAGGCUCUCUCCUGUUGCAGAAGAAGUACAAGGAUGUGGAGCCAACUCUGAAAAUCAAGGAGGUGGAUGGCUUGGAGCUGGUGAAGAAGUUCUCAGAGCAGAUGGAGAGCAUGCUCCGCAGGAAGGUGGAAGCUGUUGAGAGGCUGGUGGAAGCAGCAGAAGAUGCAGAUCUGAACCAUGAGUACAACUCCUCGCUGGAGUUUGAUUACUACAACUCCCUCCUGAUUAAUGAUAAGGAUGAAAAUGACAAUUAUGUGGAGCUUGGGGAUGAAUUCAUUCUGGAGCCAAAUGAACAUUUCAAUAACCUGCUGGUGAACACAACCUACAGUGAUAUCCAGCUGCCCACCAAUGUCUACAACAAAGACCCUGCCAUCCUCAAUGGGGUUUACAUGUCAGAAGCCUUGAAUCCUAUUUUUGUGGACAACUUUGAAAGGGAUCCCACACUGACCUGGCAGUACUUUGGCAGCUCCACUGGAUUCUUCAGGUUGUACCCAGGAAUAAAGUGGUUACCAGAUGAGAACGGAGUCAUCUCCUUCGACUGCAGAAACCGUGGCUGGUAUAUUCAAGCUGCCACCUCUCCCAAGGACAUUGUCAUCAUUGUGGAUGUCAGUGGCAGCAUGAAGGGCCUGAGGAUGACCAUUGCCAAGCACACCAUCGUCACCAUUUUGGAUACUCUGGGAGAAAAUGACUUUGUCAACAUCAUUGCAUACAAUGAUUAUGUUCAUUUUAUUGAACCCUGUUUUAAGGGUAUCCUGGUCCAAGCAGACAGAGAUAACAGAGAGCACUUCAAGCAGCUGGUGGAAGAACUGCAGGCAAAAGGAGUGGGGACUGUGAGCAAGGCUUUGACAGAAUCCUUCAAAAUCCUGAGAGAGUUCAGAGAUGCUGGCCAAGGAGGUUUGUGCAACCAAGCCAUCAUGCUGAUCACUGACGGAGCCGUGGAGGAUUAUGAAGCUGUGUUUGAAAAAUACAACUGGCCUGAUCGGAAGGUCCGGGUGUUCACAUACCUCAUUGGACGGGAGGUCACUUUUGCCCCGAAUGUGAAAUGGAUUGCCUGCAACAACAAAGGCUACUACACUCAGAUCUCCACACUGGCAGAUGUCCAGGAGAAUGUCAUGGAGUACCUGCAUGUGCUCAGCCGGCCUAUGGUCAUCAACCACGACCAUGAUAUCAUCUGGACUGAAGCCUACAUGGACAGCGCGCUGCCACAGUCUGAAGAGCUCUUUGCGUCGCAGGCUCAGAGCCUGUUGCUCAUGACGACAGUGGCUAUGCCAGUGUUCAGCAAGAAGAACGAGACGCGAUCCCAUGGCAUUCUUCUGGGUGUGGUGGGCUCUGAUGUACCACUGAGGGAGUUGUUAAAACUUGCUCCACGGUAUAAGCUGGGUGUCCAUGGCUACGCCUUCCUGAACACCAACAACGGCUACAUCCUUUCACACCCAGACCUCCGUCCUUUGUAUAAAGAGGGAAAGAAACUGAAGCCAAAGCCGAACUACAACAGCGUAGAUCUCUCAGAAGUGGAGUGGGAAGACCAGGAUGAAAUACUGAGAAGUGCCAUGAUCAAUGGGGAAACAGGCUACCUCUCUAUGGAUGUGAAGGUCCCUGUGGACAAAGGGAAACGAGUUCUCUUCCUCACCAAUGAUUAUUUCUUCACGGACAUCAGUGGCACACCCUUCAGCCUGGGUGUUGUGUUGUCCAGAGGGCACGGGGAGUACAUUCUGCUGGGGAACACUUCAGUGGAAGAAGGUUUGCACGACCUUCUCCAGCCAGACCUGUCUUUAGCAAAUGAAUGGAUUUACUGCAUCACUGACAUUGAUCCUGACCACCGGAAGCUCAGCCAGCUGGAAGCUGUGAUCCGUUUCCUCACUGGAGAGGAGCCUGACCUAGAAUGUGAUGAGGAGUUGGUUCAGGAAGUGCUGUUUGAUGCAGUGGUCACUGCCCCCAUGGAGGCCUACUGGACAACACUAGCCCUCAACAUGUCCUUGGACACAGAGGCAGGUGUUGAGAUGGCAUUUCUGGGCACUCGGGCUGGACUCAUGAGGAGUGCCCUGUACGUGGGCUCUGAGAAGAUUUCCAACAAGAAAUUCCUGACGCAGAAGGACAAGGAAAGCAUCUUCACCAUGGACCACUUCCCUCUGUGGUACCGCAGGGCGGCCGAGCAUCCCCCCGGCAGCUUCAUCUACAGCAUUGUCUCAGAAGACGAUUCAGAGGGGGGUGGCCUGCCAAAAGUGGUGACAGUGAGCACGGCUGUGUCUGUGUCUGUGGACGGGAAGAUGGGAAUUGCUGCAGCGGUGGGUGUGCAAAUAAAGCUGGAUUUGCUCCAGCGCAAGUUUUGGAUGGCCAUGCAACAGCCCAAUGACAGUGAUUGCAGUGGCUUGGAUGGAGCCUGUCCACUCAGCUGUCAGGAUGAUAUUCUGAACUGCUUCCUCAUUGACAACAAUGGCUUCAUACUUGUUUCCAAAGUACCUGAAGAGACUGGAAAAUUUUUUGGUGCAGUAGAUGGCUCAGUGAUGACCCAGCUACUAAACAUGGGCAUGUUCAGGCGAGUGACCAUGUAUGAUUACCAGGCAAUGUGCAAGGUGCCCUACCACCACCACAGUGGCGCCCAGCCCCUGCUCAGUCCAAUUUAUGCCUUUGUAGCUGCAGUGAAGUGGCUGAUAAGUGAUUUCCUCAUUUUCCUUUUGGAGUUUAACCUGAGUAGUUUCUGGCACUCAGACAACUUGGCAGAUGCCAAGGCUGUCUUCCAUCACUCUCACAAGCACAAGAAGCAUGACACGCUGCAGCCCUGCGACACCGAGUACCCCGUGUUCGUGUACGAGCCGGCCAUCAAGGAGACCAACGGGCUCAUUAGCUGUGGAGACUGCCAAAAGAUGUUUGUGGCACAGCAGAUCAUCAGCAGUAACCUCCUGCUCCUCGUCACAGACACUGUCUGUGAUUGCAGUGUCUUCCCACCUGUCCCAAUGGAUGCAAAAGAGGUCAAAUAUAACGCUUCCGUGAAGUGUGAGCGGAUGCGCUCCCAGAAGCUGCGCCGGAGGCCGGACUCGUGCCACGCCUUUCACCCUGAGGAAAAUGCCCAGGACUGCGGUGGCACUGCUGGGAUCUCUGUGUGUCCGACGCUGCUGCUCCUGCCCCUGGUGCUGCUCCUGCGGUGA